GGAGGGGUGGCCGCACCUGUGAGGCAGCAGUGUCUCCCUGACGGCCGGUGAGCACGGACGGAGCGCCUCCCCACACGCUCGCUCCUGCCGCGCACACACACCCACACGCCCGCGCGCCCUCACAGACACAGGGCCAGUGAUAGUGAUAACAGUGAAUAGUGACCAACCCUUACCCCCUGACGCCCCUGAGCCUCCCCCAUCCCCCUUGCCAUGGACCAGGGGGCGCCGCGCCAGGCCUAAUGGGCGGGAGGCACGUGCCCACGCCCCUCCUGGCCGCCCUUCUGCUGGCGGGCCUGGCUGGGGGCGUGGGCGGCCAGGACGACGCCCCCCAGCGCCCCAGGACUGUGGCUGCGGCGGGAGUGUGGCGCUGGCGGUGGUGGUGGCGGUGGUGGUGACCCUGGUGGUAGUGGCUGUGGUGUUCUUCUGCUGCAGGCGAGGCUCCACUCCUGCAGGAAGGAAGACAGACGCGGAGGUGGGAGGUGCUGCGUACGAUAACCCACAUUUUCAGUACGAUGACGGGACCACGGAAGCUCACCGCGGGGCCUCGGGAGGGGGCGGGGAAGGGCUCAGCGACAAAUCUAUGACGACGCUGGAGAAGCUGGUCCACGCCGUCAGAACCUCAGGGGGAAGAAACGCCUCUCCAAAACGCACCAGAGAUGACUCCCAGCUGGCGGAGGCGUCGGUGGUGGCGGUGCCUCUGCGCGGGAGGGACUUCACGGGGCUUGGUUUCAACAUAUACGGCAACAUGCGCGACGGUGUGUUUGUGAAGGACGUGCUGCACCGCGGGCCGGCCUCCGAGGGCGGCGCCAUCGCUCCAGGUGACCGCGUGCUGGGCCUGGCGGUGAGCACGGAACACAUGGUGCACGAGGACGCGCUCACCAUCCUCAGCUACGCCUCGCCCUACCCCGUGCUGCUGCUGCUGGAGAAGGCCGCGCCGGGCACCGCCGCGCGACGCCCACCUGCUGCCUCGGCGGGGCGUCCCGUGCACCCAUUCUACCGCAGCCAGAGCAUCGACGACUUGGCCAAGAUCGGCAAGGCGGACAUGUCUCGGGUGCGCGCGGCGCGGGUGUCUGGCGCCUCGCCCCCAGGGGUGGACGUGUCGCGCCCUGACCUGGUGGGCGGCCUGUCACUGGGGCCUCCCCGCCCCACCGCGGCGCCCCGCACCACAGCCGCCGUGCAGCGCGAGGCUCCGGAGCGACACUCAGAGCGUGCCAUCGAUGUGCCGGGAGCGGCGCCCCCUCACGCCCACGCCGCGAGGGAAGGCGCGGACCUCGCCGCCGACAAGUCAGAGUCGCGGCUCAAGUUCGGCAUCAAGGUGCUGCCGGACCUGACGGGGCGCGGCGGCGGCGGCGGUGUGGACUUGGAGGCUGGCGGCGGCGGCAGCGUGGCGGCGGAAGCGGAGGCGCUGCGCGUCGCGGCCCCGCAGCUCAGCAUUGAGAAGGAAGGCACUAGUGCUGCCGAGGGCCUGGAGGUGGAGGCCAAGAGGCCGCCCGGCGCCAAGUUUGGCAUCAAGUUGCCGCAGGUGCGGGCAGGCGGCAACCUCAACCUGCAGGCUGGCGGCGGCGGCGGCGGCGGCGGCGGCGGCAAGUUUAGCCACGAGCCCAAGACAGACGACGAGAAGCAGGAGGCCAAGGGCUCCCUGGGGCUCAACCUGGGCCUGGAGGGACGCGCGCGGGGGCGGGGCUCUGACUCUGAGUCUGCCGAGGACCAGCCUGACGGCCAUGGGCGCGUCGGGGGCUUGGGUUUCUCCUUCGGCCUGCAAGGCCCAGACCACGAUACGGGCGCCUCGGACGAAGAGAAGGUCAAGUCUAAACACACAGGGUCGCUGAGCCUGGAGGGCCCCGAGGUGGAGGUCGAGGCACCCCAGGGGCUGAGCCUGGGCUUGCAGGCUCCAGAGGGUUCUGCGGCGACGGGGGGCGAGGACACAGACAAGGGAGGCUUCAGUCUCAAAUUUAAAAAACCCGACCUGACCCUGCCAGAGCUGGGGUGGGGCAGGGACAAGGCAAAGGGCGGCCAGGAGGAGGGCGCGGCGCCGGCCGGUGCUGACUUGGGGGCGCCGUCUGCAGACCUGCGGGCUGAGGUGGAGGCUGACCUAGACGCCCCUGACGGCGACAAGGGCUUCGAGCUGGGCUUCAAGGGCCCGGACAUCAAGCUUCCGGGCUUCGGCUUCAAGGAGCGUGGCGAGGACAAGAAGCAGGAGGAUGAAGCCAAGGCGAGGGAUGGCCAGGGCGUGGACCUGAGCCUGGAGGCGCCCGAGGUGAAGCUGCCCGCCCUGGACGUGAAGCUGAAGGCUGAGGGCGGCGAGGCGAAGGAAGACAAGGACGGCGCCACGGACGAGGAGGACGGCGGGAAGAAGAAGAGCAAGAAGAGUAAAAAGGGCUUCAGCUUUGGCUUCAAGGCGCCUGACUUCAGUCUGGGCGGCAUGGGGCUGCGGGGGCGCGGCGACGGCGGCCCGCAAGGGGACAGUUCGGAGGAUGAGGACAAGAGGAAGGUCAGCAAGAAGGGCGUGGACAUCUCCCUGAAAGGGCCUGAAGUGAGUGUUCCUGGCUUGGCCCUGAAGACUGAGGGAGGCGCUGCUGGAAACUUGGGGGAGCUCGCCACCCAGAGGGUCAGCCUGGAGUGCCAGCAAUCAGGGGGCGUGGGCGUGGACCUGAAGGCGCCCAAAGUUGACCUGAAGGGACCUAAAAUGAGCCUAGACGCCCCCGAAGUUGAAGUGGACCUCAAAACCCAAGAGCUGGACCUGAAGGGCCCUGAUGUGAAGCUGAGGGACCCAAAGAUUGGCAUCACCUCCCCUGAAGUGGGCCUGCCCAGCUUAGGCUUGAAGGGAGAGGCGGGCAAGCUUCAGGGAGAGGUGGAGGGAGUGAAGCCAAGCGUCACCCUUCCCUCUGCUGGUCUCGAGGCUUCAGUCAACCUGCCGGACAUUGAGGAAAACGUCGAUUUGAAGCUUAAGGAUAAGAGUAAAAAGGGGAACUUCAGUUUUGGCUUCAAGGGGCCUGACGUCAGCCUGCCCAGCAUGAGUGUCAAAGGCAAGAAGGGCGAAGGUGAGGAAAAGGAAGAGUCGGAAGAUGAAGCAGACAAGGAGAAGAAGAGUGGCAAGAAAGGCUUCAGCUUUGGCUUCAAAGGCCCCGACGUGAGUCUUCCCGGCGUGAGUCUGAGGGGCAAGGCAAAGAGCGACAAGGAGAAGGAAGAGGAGGAAUCAGACAAUGAAGACGAGAAGGAUAAGAGUAAAAAGGAAGGCUUCAGUUUGGGCUUCAAAGGGCCUGACCUCAGCCUGCCCAGCAUGAGUCUGAAGGGCAAGGCAAAGGGAGACGUGGAAGAAAAGGAGGAAGAUUCAGAGGAUGAUGAUAAUGACAAAGAGAAGAAAAGCAGGAGGGGCUUCAGUUUGGGCUUCAAAGGACCAGACAUCAGCCUGCCCAGCAUGAGUCUCAAAGGGAAGGCAAAGGGAGAUAAAGAGGAAGAGGAGGAGGAAGAAUCAGAGGAUGGUGAUAAUGACAAGGAGAAGAAAAGUAGAAAGGGCUUCAGUUUCGGCUUCAAAGGGCCUGACGUCAGCCUGCCCAGCAUGAGCCUCAAAGGGAAGGUAAAGGGAGAUAAAGAGGAAGAGGAGGAGGAAGAAUCAGAGGAUGGUGAUAAUGACAAGGAGAAGAAGAACAGGAAGGGCUUCAAUUUGGGUUUCAAAGGGCCUGACGUCAGCCUGCCCAGCAUGAAUCUCAAAGGGAAGGCAAAGGGAGAUAAAGGAGUAGAGGAGGAGGAAGAGGAUGAUGAUGAUGACAAGGAGAAGAACACCAAAAAGGGCUUCAGUUUGGGCUUCAAAGGACCUGACCUCAGCCUGCCCAGCAUGAGUCUCAAAGGGAAGGCAAAGGGAGAUAAAGAGGAGGAAGAGGAAGAAUCAGAAGAUGAUGAUAAUGACAAGGAGAAGAGGAGCAAAAAAGGCUUCAGUUUGGGCUUCAAAGGGCCUGACGUCAGCCUGCCCAGUAUGAGUCUAAAGAGCAAGGCAAAGGGCGAUCAAGAGGAGGAGGAAGAGUCAGAAGAUGAAGCCAGUAAAGAGAAGAAAAGUAGAAAGGGCUUCAGUUUCGGCUUCAAAGGGCCUGACGUCAGCCUGCCCAGCAUGAGUUUGAAAAGAGAGGGAGGAGGAGGAGGAGGUGCUGAGGAAGAUAAGAAAGAAGAGGAAGAUGAAGAAGAGAAAGAAAAAACAAGAAAGGGCUUCAAUUUUGGCAUCAAAGGCCCAGAUUUCAGCCUGCCAAGCUUCAGCCUCAAGGGAAGCGGCCAGGGGGAGAAGGAGGAGGAGGACAAGGAAAAUAGAAAAUCAGAUGAAGCCAAGAAGGAAGAUGAUAGUAAAGGAAGUUUCAAUCUGGGCUUCAAAGGGCCGGAGAUCAGCCUGCCAAGUCUGAGUUUGAAAAGGGAGAAGGAAGAAGAGGAGGAGGAGGAGAAAGAAAAGAAGAAGGAAAAAGAUAAGAAAGGUGGUUUCAGUUUUGGCAUCACAACACCUGAUAUUAACAUGCCAAGCUUCAGUCUGUCAGGCAAACAAAAGAAGCCAGACGGAGAAGCUACAGACGAGGACAAGGACGGGAAGGACAGAAGCUUCAAACUCGGUCUCAGAGGCCCUGACAUGUCCCUGCCAAGCUUCACCGCUAGGAGCAGUGAAGCUGAAGUUAAAAUCCCGAGUCCUGAAGUUCGGUUGGCUUCAGGUGGCAGUCUUGAAGGUGGGAUAAGUAAAGCCAACAUCCCCGGGAAGAAUCUUUCGCUAGGAAUUGAAGCCCCUGAUGUCAAGCUUCAAUCAGACAAAUUCAGGGCUUCAGUUGAUCCUCCUAAUGCGAGACUCCACACUGUAGGUCUUGGGGAGUCCAGUGAAACUGAGGAUAAGAGUAAAAAGGGAGGCUUCAGUUUUGGCUUCAAGGGGCCUGACGUCAGCCUGCCCAGCAUGAGUGUCAAAGGCAAGAAGGGCCAAGGUGAAGAAAAGGAAGAGUCGGAAGAUGAAGCAGACAAGGAGAAGAAAAGUGGCAAGAAAGGCUUCAGCUUUGGCUUCAAAGGCCCCGACGUGAGUCUUCCCGGCGUGAGUCUGAGGGGCAAGGCGAAGAGCGACAAGGAAAAGGAAGAGGAGGAAUCAGACAAUGAAGACGAGAAGGAUAAGAGUAAAAAGGAAGGCUUCAGUUUGGGUUUCAAAGGGCCUGACCUCAGCCUGCCCAGCAUGAGUCUGAAGGGCAAGGCAAAGGGAGACGUGGAAGAAAAGGAGGAAGAUUCAGAGGAUGAUGAUAAUGACAAAGAGAAGAAAAGCAGGAGGGGCUUCAGUUUGGGCUUCAAAGGACCAGACAUCAGCCUGCCCAGCAUAAGUCUCAAAGGGAAGGCAAAGGGAGAUAAAGAGGAAGAGGAGGAGGAAGAAUCAGAGGAUGGUGAUAAUGACAAGGAGAAGAAAAGUAGAAAGGGCUUCAGUUUCGGCUUCAAAGGGCCUGACGUCAGCCUGCCCAGCAUGAGCCUCAAAGGGAAGGUAAAGGGAGAUAAAGAGGAAGAGGAGGAGGAAGAAUCAGAGGAUGGUGAUAAUGACAAGGAGAAGAAGAACAGGAAGGGCUUCAAUUUGGGUUUCAAAGGGCCUGACGUCAGCCUGCCCAGCAUGAGUCUCAAAGGGAAGGCAAAGGGAGAUAAAGAGGAGGAAGAGGAGGGAGAGGAAAAGAAUGAUGAUGACAGGGAAAACACUAAAAAGGGAGGCUUCAGUUUGGGCUUCAAAGGGCCUGACCUCAGCCUGCCCAGCAUGAAUCUGAAGAGCAAGGCGAAGGGCAAUGUGGAAGGAAAGGAGGAAGAAUCAGAGGAUGAUGAUAAUGACAAGGAGAAGAAAAGUAGAAAGGGCUUCAGUUUGGGCUUCAAAGGGCCUGAUGUCAGCCUGCCCAGCAUGAGUCUCAAAGGGAAGGCAAAGGGAGAUAGAGAGGAAGAGGAGGAGGAAGAGGAUGAUGAUGACAAAGAGAAGAACACCAGAAAGGGCUUCAGUUUGGGCUUUAAAGGACCUGACGUCAGCCUGCCCAGCAUGAGUCUGAAGGGCAAGGCAAAGGUUGAUAAAGAAGAGAAGGAGGAGGAAUCAGAGGAUGAUGAUAAUGACAAGGAGAAAAGGAGCACAAAAGGCUUCAGUUUGGGCUUCAAAGGGCCUGACGUCAGCCUGGCCAGCAUGAGUUUAAAGAGCAAGGCAAAGGGAGAUAAGGAAAAGGAAGAAGAGGAAUUAGAUAAUGAAGAUGAGAAGGAAAAGAGAAGGAAGGGCUUCAGUUUUGGCUUGAAAGGGCCCGAUGUCAGUCUACCCAGCAUGAGUCUAAAGGGCAAAGCAAAGGGCGGUAAAGAGGAGGAGGAAGAAGAGAAAGAGGGGGAGCACUUUAAGGACAAAACUAAAAAAGGCUUCAGUUUGGGCUUCAAGGGGCCUGAUUUCAGCAUGCCUGGCCUUAGCUUGAAGGACACUGAAGGUAAGGGGGAGGAGGAGGAGGAAAACAAGAAGGGUGAAUCUAAGGAGAAAGAGGAAAAAAGCAAACAAGGCUUCAGUUUUGGCUUCAAGGGCCCUGAUGUCACCAUGCCGAGUAUGAAGCUAAAAGACACUGAUGUGAAGCUUGGCGAGGGGAAGGCUGGCGUGAGUGUGGAGGCCCCUGAGGCUCACGCCCCUCACCUCAGCCUGCGGACACGGGGACCUGAGCUUCAGACUGACGAGAAAGGCACGAAGAAGGCCUUCACCUGGGGCAUCUCGGGUCCCACCGCCAGUUUGAAAGAAGCUGGGAACGAAACAGAUGAAGCUAAGGACAGGGAGGCCAAGAAGGGCUUCAGUUUUGGCAUCAAGGCCCCUGACUUCAGCCUGCCCUCCGUGAGCCUGGGCGCCUCUGGGGAGGCCAGGAGGGUCGAGGGCGUGGCGGUGAGGGAGGAGGCCGCCCUGGCCGUCCACAGCCCCGCCCUCAGCGUGGGCGCCGCGCAGCCCCACCAUAAAGACUCAGACGGGGAAGGAACCCCCAGUAAGUCCAAGAAGUCCUUUGCCCUGGGCUUCAAGGGGCCCAGCCUGAGCCUGAAGGGGCGAGGCGGCGGCGAGGCAGAGCGAGGCCAGGAGAGCGAGGACGAGGCUGGCGGCGGCGGUGUCACCCUGGAGGCGCCCGCCGCCAGGGUGCAGACCCCUGGGGUGGCCGUGCCCUCUCUUGGGCUGCGGGUGUUCUCCCCCGAGGCCAAGGGCGGCGUGGGGGAGAUGCGGGUGAAGGCACCGCGCCUUAGCCUGGGACACGCGGCGCAGGCUGCCUCGCCUGACCUCAGCCUGGAGGGGCAGGACGCGGACGUGGAGUGUGACCUGCCCGAGGCUGACAUUGACCUCAAGAAGGCCAAGAUUGACCUGCCCGAGGUGGAUCUGGAGCGCGGCAUGCUGGAGGCAGAGGGCGCCGCCUCGCGCUCUGGCGUGGAGACGGAGAGCGCCAGGCUAUCCCCGGGCUUCGGCAUGGCCUUUGGCUUCAAGGGUUUCAAGAAGCACAUCGGCCUCGACUCCCGCGACACCAGCCUGACGGAGGUGGAGGCCGAGGCCGCCACCAGGCGGGGCGUGGAGGUGGCGGUGGAGGCGCCCACGCCCGCCGCCAGACACUCCCUCGAGGCCACCGCCAAGGGCCUGAGCGCCUCGGUGACGGAGGCCCCCGUGAGGGUGAAGGCUGCGGCGCCCGCCAUCCCCACUGCCGCGGUGGAGGUGGAGGCGGAGAAGGGCAGGGGCAAGGGCAAGGUCAGGGACGAGGACGAGGAGGAGAAGACCAAGGUGCGGCACAAGUUCGGCCUGGGCUUUGGGUUCCGCAAGUCCUCGGACAGCGAGGAGGAGUCCCGGGAGCCUACGUCCCUGGAGCCUGACCCGGACCGCGGCGCGGCGCGGGAGGACAAGAAGAAGGGCCGCAGCAAGAUGAGCUUCGGCUUCCGGGGCUUCUCGCGCUCCUCGGACACAGAGGAGGAGCACCACUCAGAAAGGGCGUCCGAGGUGUCCGCCGAGCGCGAGGGCGAGGACGAGCGCGCGCGCCCCAAGGUGAAGGGCGGCCUCAGCUUUGGCUUCAAGGGCAGAGGCAGCCGCAGCUCAGACUCUGAGGACAGCGCGGAGCAGCAGCACGGGCGCGUGGACACAGCCCCGCUGCCGCAGGCCGAGGCGGGCCACGCCAAACAGAAGCUGAAGCCAAGCCUCAGCUUCGGCUUCAAGGGCAAGAGCAAGAGUUAUGACAUGGACGGCGGCGAGGCCGAGGCUGACCUGCCGCGGCGCGAGGCAGAGGCGGAGGAGGAGGUGAAGGUGAAGACCAAGUCCAGCCUCAACUUUGGCCUGCGGGGCUUCGGCAAGACCGAGGCCAAGUAUGACAUGAAGAGUGACUCCGAGGCAGGCGAGGCGGAGGACGCGGCCGCCCGCGCCCACCUUAAACAGCAGCAGCAGCAGCAGCACAAGGGGCGCGGAUUCGCCUUCCGCAGCCGCAGCGGGCGCAACACGUCAGACUCGGAGAGCCACGAGGCGGAGGAGCGCGUGGAGCACGACACCCGGGGCGGCGAGGACAAGGCCAAGGAGCCUAAGAGCAAGGGCCUCAAGUUGGGCUUCAAGGGCUUCAAGAACCUGAAGGGCAAGAUCCAGACCGAGAUCAGCCGCAUGCGUCACGACAGCCACUCCAGCGAGGACGAAGCGGUGCGCGAGGCGCCAGACGGCCAGCUGGCAGACCCCUCCGAGGCCAAGAGGCCCAAGAAGAACCCCAAGAAGAAGAAAGACAAGGACAAGAAGACCAAGAAAGAGGACGAGGACGCCCUCAAUACCUCUGAGGAGAACGCCAUGGCCCUCGCCGCCGCUGCCGCCAAGGACCACCGCAGGAAGCGGCCCGACAAGGGCGGCUCGUCCUCGGCCUCCUCCUCCUCCUCCUCCUCCAGCUCCUCCUCUAGUUCGGACGAGGACGACGAGAACCUGCCUGAUGGUAAGAAAAGGAAGCGUGGGCGAGGCCGAGGCCGCCAGAUGACGGAGGUGACCUUGAGCGAGCAGCAGCAGCAGCAGCCCAUGGAAGUGGAGGUGGUGGAGAGCGUGGAGGUCACCUCCCGCCGCGUGGACGUGGUGCUACCCAGGCUGUCCUCCGUGGAGGGAGACGCCGCCCCCUACAAGCGGCGGGCACCCAAGCCUCCAAGGCCCGAUGGGGGCGCCGCGGGGUCCACCAGCGUGGUGGUGAGGUCUGUGCAGCUCAAGAGCGCCGCGCCGCCCGACGGAAGGGAUCUGGAGCAUGCGGAGCGCGUGGAGGUGGUGGAGGUGGUGGAGCGCACGGUGAUGGAGAGGAAGGUGGCACAGCCUGCCCUGCCGGACGCCGCCUCGCUGGCCUCAGACAGCGAGGGGGAGCGCGAGGUGGUGCGGGGCGGGGUCCUGGCCGCCUCCACGCCCAAGCGCCCCACGGACUCCGAGGAGCUGAAGCGUAAGGCGGCCUCGCUGGGCGACCUGUCCCGCCUGCAGGCCGAGCCGGACCCCGUCAGCGUGGUGCUGGAACGCGCCGUGUCGCUGGACCUGACGCGCACGACGCCGCACCAGCCCGCGCUGCACCACUCCCACCGCCUCACGCUGCCAGACUCCUCGGCCACGUCCAUCGAGGAGGAGCAGGGCCCCGCGGGGCUGCGCGAGGGCGGCGGUUUGGGGCUGCGGCGCGCCGAGCAGUGGGGAACGCUGGAGCAGGCGCUGCUGUUCCGACGGGACAGCGAGGCCAGCCUGGCGGAGGCCGUGUCCCCCCGGGUAACCGGCCUGGUGGGGGAGGCCGACGGCCACUUCCACGAAGGGGAGUCCGUGUCGCACAUAGAGAUCAGCGGCUCCACCUCCGUGACGGACGUGUCCUCGCAGUGGGUGACGGCCUCCGAGACCUCCCGCAGCAGCAUCACCCUGCACCACAGCGGCGGCAGCGAGGAGCGGGAGGAGCCCCCCGCCCUGCCCACCACGCCCGUGCCCUCUGGUGGCACCACCAUUACGCUGCUGGACGGCGACGCCACCAUCAGGGAGGCGCAGCCCACCGCCACGCUCGAGGAGGACGUGGUGGUGGUGCAGGGCGGCGCCACCAGCGAGGAGCGCAAGGUGAGCAGCUUCAGUGUCCAGCUGCGGCAGGUGGGCGGCGCGCCGCGCACCGUGCAGAGCAGCAGCUGCAGCAGCAGCCGCAGCAGCCUCAGCAGCGACAGUGAGUUGGAUGGCGGCGCCGCGGGAGACGGCGUGACGGUGACGGUGGCGCCCAGAGUGAGCAGCCUUGACGUGAGUGGUGGCAGCGGCUCCUUGCCGCCGCCCGUGCCGCCCAAGCCACGCCCACGCACCGCCUCGCCGCCCAAGCUGGUGGCGCCGCGGCGCGAGGCGGCGCUAGUGACGGUGCGGGAGAAUGGCGCCGUGGUGGUGAGCACGGAGGGCGGCGGCGGCGUGGUGGAGGGUGGCGCGGGCGAGACGGUGACCAUUGACACGGUGGAGGUGGGCGGCGACACCAUCCUGCUGGACGCCGGCGAGAACGGCGGCGGCGGCGGCCUGGCCCACGCGCUGCUGCUGGCGGACAGGGCAGCGCUGCCGCAGAAGUCCCUCACGCAGAUCACGGUGGACGGUGGCCGCUACAUCGUGAACGAGGGCGGCCUCAGCCAGACCCUCAUCAUCUCCACCCCGGCGCGUCCCCAGGUCUCGCCCCCGGGCCCCGACUCGCCCCCGCCCACCUUGCAGCCCCCAGAGUAGUGCCCGCCCCGCAGAGGCGCCGUCGCGUACCCCCGAGCGCCGCGCGUCACGGCAGCGGCGCCGCACGCGUCCAGCCGCGAGCAUUUAGGGGCUGCUGCACCACGCCCCCGCCCCUCUAACCCCCCGACCCAGCCCCCAACCCCCUCCCCCAGGGCACCUCCCCAUGCCCAAGGUUCAAAUGUACUUAACCCCCCUCCCCCCCGCUGUUAGUAUAGGUACACUCGUCCUGUAUAUUGGUUCAAGGUGUAUUAGCGCGGUCCUGUUUUGUAUUUAAUACGAGCAAUUUUAUACGUGGGUGUAUAUAAGACUGUACUAAUAAUAGAGUAGUUAUCGUGUUAUUUUUUGUACGGUAAGCAGUGCAUAGCGAGCCACUUAACCACUACUACCACUACCACUACCACUACCACUACUACCAUACAUAACGGUAACAAUAGUCGUAGUAAACAGAUUCGUUCGUAACAAAGGUAACAACAAUAACAACGAAAGAUAACACUAAGCCACACACACACACAGAAUAUAACACACACACACACACACACACACACACACACACACACACACACACACACACACACACACACACAUUUCCUUAUACUCGUGAAUGGAGCAAAGUAAUCUUCCCGCUAAGAGUGAGAGUCGCUGGGAGAGUCAAGGGAGAGUCAAGGGAGAGUCGACCCGCGCCUUCCUCGUGUGAUACCAAGGAGCUCAAGUGCCAUUAGCGUUAGAGACCGUCAGUAGAGACCAGUAGAUACCGCAAUAGAUGACAUUACUAGGAACAGCCCCGCAAAACACUUAAAUACCGUCACGUAAAUAUAGAAACCACAAUAUAGAGAACAGAAAAUUGAAACCUGCCUUUGAAAACAUAAAUUAAUCCGAGAAAACACUUAAAUGCCGUCACCAAAAAAAAAAAAAAAAUAGAAACCAAUAGAGAACAAAAAAUUAAAACUGCCACCUAGAAAAUAUUAGUUACAUUUAGAAAACACGAUAAAAGCCACAGAAAGCACUAAAAUCGUCACUGAAAAUCAUUAAUAGAGAACAUUGGAUACCGCAAUAUAAAGAACUUUACUAGAAAACAUUAAUAGUCCCUGGAAAACACGCUCACUGCUUACCAAACACUAGUGCCGCCACCAAGACCUUUGGAAACCGCAUGGAGAACAAUACAGACCAACACUAAAUAACUUUCUGAGAACAUUAAAAAAUGGUACUAGAAACCUUUAGAACACGUCACUAUUUGUCCUUUUAUCGUCACGAAAACAAAAAAAUACAACUUUUAGAGACCAUUACUAGAAACCUUACUUAGAAAACAACUGAACACCCUCGGCAAACAAAUGAACAUCGAUGCGAAAACAGUAAAAACCAGUGAUAGAGAACAUUAAUGGCUACCGUCCUUUGAAAACCUAACCUAACCGCCCUUGAAAACAGAUCAAGACCUCAUUUAGAACACGUUCUUAAAAACCAUCAGAAAAACACCAUUGCGUACCGUCGUUAAGACACUACAGCCUAAAACAAAGAACGCCAUAGGAAAAAUAAAUAAAUAAAUAAAAAUAAAAACCACCAGAAAAAAAUAAUAAUUCACGGAAAGUAAAGAAAAAAAGUGAAAUGAAAUUGUUGUCUUCAAUGUCACGUGACGGAAAGAAAAAAAAAUAUAAGAAAAAAGUAGCUAAAAAUAAAUAAAAUAAAAAUAACAUAGUCUUCCAUUAAAAUAAUAUCUGCUUAGGAUCAAAAUAACUUUUUUAUACAUAUAUUCUUACGCUCACGAGAAAGAGUAGCAAUAAUAGACUUAGAAACGCCAUUUAACCUCCUUACAUAUAUUUUUUCACCCCGCACUCCCUUCAGACAAAAGAUAGUAUAUGCCCGUGUCUAUUUUCAAGCUUUUUUUUAUAUGCUCACGAGAAAACAAUAGCAAUAAUAGACUAGGAAAUGCCAUUUUAACCUCCUCAUAUAUUUUAUACCCCCGUGCCCCCUUCAAGUAGGAAAGCAAACAUGGCUGCUCCCAGUAUUAUAAACCCGUCUAUUUUUCAAACCCUCUAUGUUCAAAAUAACUCAUUACUGAUUAACCUUCGCUGUGAUACCUUAAAGCAAUCCAUUUAUUAUACAAAC